AUGGGAUUCCGCGACAGGGGUCGUAGUCGGACGCCAUACCGUACAGAUGCGGUUGCCAUUCGAGAGCCCAACACAUUCGACAACACACCUGCAGCAGAUAAGGGCCCCAGGGCUGUAGGGUGGUCUGGGCUGGCCCCGACAAACACGGAUCAUGGCCAGACCGACGCGAGCUCGCCGCAGCCGCUCCUGGCCCGUAUCCGGGGUCCCUAG